CUUAAACAUGAAAACAAAAAAUUAACAUCCCAUUAAAAACAUGUUAGUUGAUCCAUCAAUGUUCGGCAUUAUUUCCAUUUGUCCUCAUCGGUUCCUUCGAAGAGGAGGCUGCACGGCAAAGAAAUAGUCAAUUAUCUAGCUGGCAAUGGCAAACUCGUUGCUUACGCGGCCGAGCAUGGCAAUCGUUUGCGCCUCGCGAUUUAGCUUUUCAAGUAACCUCGUCAAAUUUUCAGUUCCAGUGAAGACUAAUCCAGUAGCAGUUAGCAAGACCGUGUCGGGGAAGAUCCUUUGUCCUAUCGGCACGGUGGCGGCCCCGUUUUUUCUCCGCCGGACUCUGUGUACCCGAGCAACUGCCGACCAGAAUGGUUUCCGCACAAUCGAUUCUCCUCUUAUGCAGUCCAUGGAGAAUAAGAUCAAGGAACAACUGAAUGCAGAAUCAGUUGCAGUUAAUGACAUCAGUGGUGAUGGUCGGCAUGUCAGGAUCGAUGUUGUGUCUUCAGCUUUCGAGGGGCAAUCUGCUGUGAACAGACAGAGGAUGGUAUACAAAGCCAUAUGGGAAGAACUCCAGCACACCGUGCAUGCUGUUGACCAAAUGAGUACCAACACACCCGCUGAAGCAUCACAAAAGAAAUGACGUUCCAUGCUUUUACCCAUCUUUCUAGCUUCUGAUUUAGCUUAUCAGCCAAGAUUCGCAAAUCCUCCUACUUUGCUUGAGUGAAUCAUGUUAUCCUAUAAUUUCUUUAAUUUUAUUAGCACAGAAGGGCAUCUCAAGAAUAAAGCAUUAUGUAUUUUAUGAAUUGAUUGUAAUACAUUGGUGUGAUGAUCUAUUAAAAGGAUUUCAUCACAUUCACUAUUGCUCAAAUUACUUGAAAAGAACAUUUUCAUCUUUUUUUUUAAAAGAUGUGCUAAGAGCAAUUGUUAGUUUGUUACUCUGUAUUUGCUAUGGAAUGGAGGUAGUGCAACUGUGC